AACCAAAAAUAUAUAAAUAAUAUAAAAAUUUAAAACAAAAAUAAAAAACGCAAAGAAAAGACUCGGCUUAUUCAUUCUCUUACAAGAUCUGGUCGCAUUUAGCUUCCUCGAUCAAUUUGAGUCCUGAGUUCAACGUCCAAGACUCAUUUCAAGGAUUUUUGAAACUUAAAUUGAAUGGAGGGAGUUGGAGGCGAUGGUGCCUCAGUGGCAUCACCUGUUUCGCAAUGGGGACAUGAUGUUUGGAGGAUGUUUCAGUAUUACCUGGAUAAGACUACCCCACAUAUGACCUAUAGGUGGAUUGGAACUCUUGUUGUUGUGGCAAUCUACUGUCUGCGGGUUUAUUAUGUGCAAGGUUUUUACAUCAUUUCCUAUGGUCUUGGGAUCUAUCUUCUGAAUCUGCUAAUCGGGUUUUUGUCACCUCUGGUUGAUCCUGAGCUUGAAGUUUCUGAUGGGCCUUUAUUGCCGACAAAGGGUUCAGAUGAAUUCAAGCCUUUCAUCCGCCGACUCCCAGAGUUUAAAUUCUGGUACUCCAUGACCAAGGCUUUCUGCAUAGCAUUUGUGAUGACAUUCUUUUCUGUAUUUGAUGUUCCCGUCUUUUGGCCUAUAUUGCUUUGUUACUGGAUUGUUCUGUUUGUUCUUACAAUGAGGCGCCAAAUUGCACACAUGAUAAAAUACAAAUACAUCCCAUUCAACAUUGGAAAGCAGAAAUACGGUGGUAAGAAACCUUCAACAAGUGGUGGUAGCCUCCGUGGUGACUGAAGCAAGGCUGAUUCAUAUAUAGAAUAGAAAGGACCAGAUGGGGAAAAAAAAGUAGGUUAUGGAAAAUUGGUGAUAAUUGAAUUUUGUUUUUUUCCUUUCAAGGGACAUUCAUUUGGUUCUUAUGUAAACUUUUAAAGUUCAGUUGUGCCUGAGGAGUGCCGAUGUUGCAGAAGUGAAACUUUAAUGUUUAUACACACGUUAUCCAAGAUUCGAUUUAGAUUUCAAGAUUGUUGGCAAUGUAAUUUGCACGACCCAGUUUCAUGAAACAUUUAGUGGGAAAAUUUUCAUGUGCUAGUUUUGUUCAA